CGCCCUCGCUCCCUCGGGCAGGCUGCAGAAUUUAUUAUAUCAAAUGAGACGGCUUGGCUGCCGCUCGUUCCGCAUGCUACACACAGAGAAAGGCAGACGGCAGGCAAAUUGACAAAGACCCCGCGUACUGCUCCAGUGCCACUUGAGUCUCCGGCUUUAUCUUUCAGUCUGGACACACUGAAAUGAAUGCAGCCCACUGGACACAAGGCGAUGCCAUCUGACGAAGGUGUGGCAAUAAAUCUCAGAUGAUCGCUCAGUCUAACGCAGGAUCCCUCCGCCGUGUAUUACUGUACUAACAGUAUACAGUAGCAGUUUGUGGAAUUCGUGCUGCUGUCUGGAAUGAACCAAGAGGGGGGAAACAGCAGAAGAUAUAGGAAGCCGAGAGACGCCCACAGCAUGUAAACGGCUUCUGGGUACUGCAGAUCCGUGUUUCACGAACAUCACGGCCGCUGAUGCUAGCUACUCAGCGCAGGGAAAGCGUUUUGUUGGGACUCUCCUCGGGAAGUGCUCGCGUCGCGCCGUGCUAGCUCGCGCUCAAGUGAAAGUGUGACUGCACAGGGCGGCUCGUGCUGUGCGACUGGAGCGAGACAGGUCAUUGUUAUUCAUAUUAACAUUAGAAUUAUCAGCAGCAGCCUUUGUUGCUAUAGACUGGGAGAAUAUCGUGGAUAUUUGUGGAUAAGGUCACUAACCCUUCAGCAUGGGCAAGUGCAAUGGAAGAUGCGCUUUGGUGGUGAUCUGCGGGUUGCAGCUGGUAGCCGCUCUGGAGAGGCAGAUCUUUGAUUUCCUGGGGUACCAGUGGGCGCCCAUCCUGGCCAACUUCAUCCACAUCAUGGCAGUGAUUAUGGCCAUCUUUGGAACCAUGCAGUACCGCUCCCAUCACCUCAUCAUGUAUGCAGUGUGGCUGGUGCUGUGGGUCGGCUGGAACUCCUUCAUCAUCUGCUUCUACCUGGAGGUGGGACACCUGUCACAGGACCGGGACUUCCUGAUGACCUUCAACACGUCGCUGCACCGCUCGUGGUGGAUGGAGAACGGGCCGGGCUGCCUGGUCACUCCGGUGCUGAACUCGAACCUGGCGCCCGACGACCACCACGUCAUCACGGUGUCUGGCUGCCUGCUUGAUUACCAGUACAUCGAGGUGCUCAGCAGCGCCCUGCAGGUCUUCCUGAGUCUCUUUGGCUUCGUGUACGCCUGCUAUGUCAGCAAAGUGUUCCUGGAUGAUGAAGACAGCUUUGACUUUAUUGGAGGAUUCGAUUCCUACGGGUACCAGCCCCCUCAGAAGACCUCACACCUGCAGCUGCAGCCUCUCUACACGUCUGGAUAAAGCAGCUCUCCCGGGACUCGGUGAACCCAGCCGUCUCGAUGAAGAGCUUGGGGGGCUGCGUUCUCAUCUCAAUCCGAGGAGGAGGAAGAGGAGGUCUGCGGGAAAUCGAUACAGAAGCUUUUUUUGUGAUAACCUGUGGCUCCCUGGCUGUGCCUGAGGAUACAUAAACAACCUGCUGCCCCAGAGAGCUGUCUGGGAAUGCAAGAGUGCCAUCUGCUGGACAACUGGGUGAACUGCAACACAACACUAAUAAAUACACACACAUUUAUGAAUAAAGGAAACCAGGAACCGCAUAUACUUACAGUUCUGCAGGCAGUGUUGGGAGGAAUCUCUUCAAACCAGCUAGGGACCAAGCUGAGAAAGACGGUUUCUGUUUCUUAGUCUGUUUGUUUGUUUGUUUGUUUGUUACAGAACGUAUACUACUUUUUUAAUUGUGCAAGGAACAGAGAUGCUGUUUCCUUAACGAACGGACAGACCUUUCAGUGCUAAUAACAUGUGUGAGAGUGUAGGAGAGUCUGAGGGU